AUGGUACCUUUUCCAUGUGACUGUGCAAAGCAUAAAGAGUAUGCAGAACAUAUGGAACAACAGAGACUUGAUGAAAGCCAAAGGAUUCAGUCCAAUAUGAUAUCACAACUUACACCAACAGUACAACAGACAAACUUGAAUGAUCUUACUGCUCUAGCUGCCACACAAAAUAACAGGUUCAAAAAAAAUAAUGGACAUUACUGUGAUUACUGUAAUAUGAAAGAGCACAGGAGAGAAAACUGCUACAAGUUGGUGGGAGAUCCAUCCAAUCACAAAUUCAACAAAAGUAGAACCUAUGAUAGGUCACAAAGUUCAAGAGAUAACAAAGGACAUUCAACUAAUAGUGUCAGUCAUGGACAUUCAGCUAAUAGUGUCAGUCAUGUUGAAGAACCAGAAGCAAGUGGAUCAUCAGGGAUUAGCAACAUGCCAUUGUUCACCUCAGAGCAAUAUAAUCAGCUUUUGAAAUUGAAUAACCAUGAACCAGCAGUUGCACAAGCCAAGGACCUUUGCACUGGCAAGGUGAGGGGGAUUGAUAAGGAGAAGGAUGGCCUCUACAUACUUCAACCUGCCAAGAAGCCAUCACCUGUCAAAGCACCUGAGCAAUCACCAGCCAUAGCAUUCAAUACAACAAUAUCUACUACAAAUUUCUGUCCUGUUGCCUCUCCUAUUUCAGUUCCUGCUGCUUCUCCUGUUUCAGUUCCAGCCCCUACUCCAGUAUCUGCUUGCUCUCCAUCAAAGCAUUCAGAUCAGUGCUCUAUAUGGCACCAAAGACCUGGACAUGCCCCAUUAGCAGUCCUACAGAAAAUUCAACUUCUAAAAGACCAUGACUUGAAUAUAGAGCAGUUGUCUUGCACUAUCUGUCCUUUUAGCAAGACUAUUAGGUCUGAUAAUGGUCUUAAAUUUUUUAAUGCUCAAUGUGCAACUCUUUUCACUUCUCUUGGGAUUGUCCAUCAAAGUUCUUGUGUGCACACUCCACAACAAAAUGGAGUGGCUGAACGAAAGCACAGGCAUCUACUUGAAAUGGCUAGAGCCCUUAGGUUUCAAGCCUAUGUCCCCUUGAAAUUCUGGGGAGAAUGUGUUCUUACAGCUGCCUUCAUCGUUAACAGAUUGCCUUCUUCAGUUCUUUCAGGGAAAUCUCCUUAUGAACCAUUUCAUGGUCAACCACCUUCACUUACUCACCUUAAAGUGUUUGGUUGUUUGUGUUAUGAAACCAAACCAUGCUUCACAGACAAGUUCUCUUCUAAAGCCAUUCCUGCCAUCUUCAUGGGUUACUCAAAGACUCAAAAAGGGUAUAAACUAUACAACAUUUCUUCAGGAACCUUUUUAGUCAGUAGAGAUGUCUGUUUUAGAGAAACCACAUUUCCUUUUAGACCUCCCAAGUCCGCAUUUCUACAGUCACAUUUUCCUAACUCAACUCUUACCUUUCCUAGUCCAGCUUCUAUUCCUUCUUAUGAUGAUACAUUUCUUGCCAGGGAUGAUGUACCAUCAUAUUCACCUCCAACUUCUGUUCUAACUCCAGAACCCCUUACUGCACAACCAGAACCCUCUAGUCCACAACCACCUUCAUCUCUUAUUAUGCAACCUAAUAUUACUACCUCACCACCUUCUCCCAUUGAGCCACAACCCACUCACAUUUUUGAUACCACACUGAGGAAGUCUGCCAGAACAUCUAAUCCUCCCUUAUGGUUAACUGAUUAUGUGCAUCAAGUCAAGUCUACUUCUACUCCUUAUCCCAUUUCUUCCUCCCUGAAAUACUAUUCUUCAUUACCUUCUUAUCAAGCCUGUCUCACUUCUUAUUCUUCCAUUGUUGAACCUACAACCUUUGAAAAGGUUGCUAAAGACAGCAAUUGGGUACAAGCUAUGGAGCUUGAGGUUCAGGCCCUCACUGACAAUAACACCUGGGAGUUGGUAGAUUUACCUGCAGGCAGGACUCUAAUUGGUUGCAAAUGGGUUUAUAAGAUGGUCACAGUCAGGAGUGUUGUUGCUCUAGCUGCUCAGUAUGGUUGGCCUUUGCUUCAGAUGGAUGUGUACAAUGCUUUCCUGCAGGGUGACCAUUCAGAAGAAGUUUAUAUGUCAUUGCCUCAAGGGUUUGGAAAUGAUAAGUUCUUAAUUCAAGAAGCCAAAGAUAUAUUGAAUCAUAAUUUCAAGAUGAAGGAUUUGGGAGAGCUAAAGUUUUUCCUUGGCAGAGCAAAACCAAGCAUUUCCCCUUUGGAUCAGAACAUGAAACUUACUAGUGCAGAAUAUGAAAAGCUUUUUGGUAUGCGAGGACAUGAUACAGAACUUGAAGACAUCAGAGUGUAUCAGAGGCUUAUAGGGAGACUCUUGUAUUUGGCAAUCACAAGGCCAGAUAUUUCAUAUGCAGUCCAAGUUCUCAGUCAGUUUAUGAAUGCACUAAAACAGUCCCAUUAUGAUGCAGCAUUGAGGGUAGUGAAAUACAUCAAGAAUUGUCCAGGACAAGGUUUGUUGAUGAGUAGCAAACAGAGUAGGAAGGUGUUUGCAUUAUGUGAUGCAGACUGGGCAUCAUGCUCAGUGACUAGGAAGCAUAUUACAGGCUUUUGCAUAAAACCUGGAGACUCCAUGAUCUCCUGGAAAUCCAAGAAAUCGAGUACAGUUUCAAGAAGCUCAGCAGAGGUUGAGUACAGAAGCAUGGCAAGCAUUAUGGUUGAGCUAACUUGGAUACAUGGGUUGCCGGAAGAAUUAGGAAUGCAAGUUUAUUUGCCCAAGGAGUUGUAUUGUGACAACAAAGUAGCCAUACAGAUUGCUUCAAAUCCAAUGUAUCACGAGGGCACAAAGGACAUAGAGAUUGACUGCCACUUUAUUCGAGAAAAGCUACAACAGGGCAUGAUUAAAGCUCCUUAUGUUCCCAGUAAGGAUCAAAUUGCAGAUAUACUAACCAAGGCACUUGGAAAACAGCUAUAUAGUGAGAUGGUUUGCAAGUUGGGGAUGAUCAAUAUUUUUUCAUCACCCAAUUUGAGGGGGAGUGUUGAAAAGAGCAGUAGUAGCAAUACUUGUACAUAG